GUAUGCUAGUCGAGGCGGCUUCCUGGAUUCAAAGUGCAAGCGGGAAGAUCUCUGCGAUCUGAUUGGUUGUUUGUGCCCUGGCGCAGAGUGCUGCCUGUAGGAGCUCUGUCUGGGGCUGUUCGCCUGGCUGUCCAUUACCCUGCUGGUUACAAUGGCUGAAGGAAAGAGUCUACAGAUAAAGGAGGCGUUUGACUUGUCACAGAAGCCCCACCAGAACCAUGCCAAGCUGGUCUCCUACCUGAGAGCCACAUAUAAUAAGGUGGGUGAUGGAAGGGGAGACCAGGUUGUAGCAGUGCUUUAUAACUCUUCAUUAAAGGGACACAGCUGCAUACCUACCAAGGGUCCCUAUUCACAUGGGGGCAGUCCUUAUUUGGGGAACUUAUCCCUCUGUCCCCCUUUUCUAGGAGCUCCAUAUUGUUGAUGUGUCUGAGCUCCACAAAAAUAAUUCUCACAGCAAUGGGUCUCUUUAAAUUACAAUAAAUGUGUUUUUUAGAACUCCUUGUUUGCCUCAAAAUUAUAUUGGAAUGUUUUGUAACAAUGUAUCAAUAAAAACUACUUGAAAAGAACUGUCUGUGUUUAAAAAAAAAAAAAAGAUACUGUUAUUGUUCUAAAUUACAUUUUAGUAACUUCAGCUCAAUGAAGUGGUCUGGGUGCCAGGUCCCCCAGGUUUUAACGCGUCAGAUGUUUACAUUGAGGGUUAAUCCAGCCUCUAGUGGCUGUCUCCCUGACAGUCACUAGAGGUGCUUCUGCGAUUCUCAGUGAGAAAAUCGCGUUGAACUCACGCAGCGUGAGUUCUGAUCCCCAUAAGAAAGCAUUGAGUAAUGCUUUCCUAUGGGCAGGUUGAAUGUGCGUGCGGCUCAGGCCGCGCAUGCGCAUUGGGAGCUGACGUCGGCAGGGGGAGGAGAGGUCACCAGCGCCGAGGGAGCCUGGCGCUGGAUUAAGUUAAGUGGCUGAAGGGGUGUCAACCCCUACCUAAAAUUUAUCAGAACAGUCCUGAUACCUCCAUAAAUUAUAGAGUCAUUCUUUGUCCAUUUCAAAUGCUGGGAGAUAUGCUCCUGGCUGGGAAUGAUUUCCUUUUGUUUUAAAAUACAUUAUAAAGAGGAAGCAUUACAAUGUAAUCAGUAAAUACAUCAGAGGGCAGAUCUAAGCACUAAAACAACUUCAUUUUAAUGAAAUGGUUUCAGUUUAAAGAUCGUAUCCCUUUUUUAUGAAAAUGUAAAGCAUUGCUAUUUCAGAGUUUGUUGUGCCUAAGUCACAUUUCUUGUGACUGGAGUAUAGAGUGACCGCGCCAUACGGUCCUAAUGCUUAUCAUAGAGUAGCUUCGCAUUCAGUGCUUCACCAUGAAAAGCAUCGCAUAAGAGAUUGCUGUUCAUGCUCUGUAGUUUCCCAGUGUUUUUAUGAUAGGUCCAAUAUAAUCAUGAUUUCCAAAGCAGAACAAAACAUUCAGCUGUUUGACACUUUUCAAAAAGUCCUGAUCUGUAUUGAAGUUGUCACUUUUUUAAACCGUCACACGUGACAGACUCCAGACUUAUUAUUAUUAUUAUUAUUAUUAUUAUUAUUAUUAUUAUUAUUAUUAUGAUAUUUGUAGAGCGCCGUGAAAUUCCACAGCGCUUUACAAUGGGUGGACGAACAGGCAUAUAGUUGUAACCAGACAAGUUGGACACACAGGAACAGAGGGGUUGAGGUCCCUGCUCAAUGAGCUUACAUGCUAGAGGGAGUGGGGUAAAAUGACACAAAAAGGUAGGGAUAGUAUUAGACUAGUGACAGCACUAGCACUUUAGCAAGCUGAUGCGUCUGGAAUGUUCUGUUAAAGGACCACUAUAGUGCCAUGAAAACAUACCCACUCCCGCCAGGCUGGAUGGAGAGCAAAGGGUUAAACACUUUUGGGGACUCUCCUCCUCCUUUCCCUGUCAUCGGCUGAAUGCGCAUGAGCGGCAAGAGCCGCGCGCGCUUUCAGCUAGUCUCAUAGGAAAGCAUUCUCAAUGCUUUCCUAUGGACGCUGGCGUCUUCUCUCUGUGAAAAUCACAGUGAGAAGCGCCUCUAGCGGCUGUCAAUGAGACAGCCACCAGAGACUGGAUUAACCCUAAAGUAAACAUAGCAGUUUCUCAGAAACUAUGUUUACAGCAGAAAGGGUUAAUCCUAGGUGGACCUGGCACCCAGACCACUUCAUUAAGCUGAAGUGGUCUGGGUGCCUAUAGUGGUCCUUUAAAGGAAUACUCCUAUAUUCUUAAAGGACCACUAUAGUGCCAAGAAAACAUACUUGUUUUCCUGGCACUAUAGUGCCUUGAGGGUGCCGCCACCCCGCCAGGCUCUACAGGGUGGAAGGGGUUAAACUUAUUUCUCCAGCGCCGGGCGGGGAGCUCUCCUCCUCGGCUGAAUGCGCAUGCGCGGCAAGAGCCGCACGCGCAUUCAGCCAGGCUCAUAGGAAAGAAUUCAUAAUGCUUUCUUAUGGACCCUGGUGUCUUCUUACUGUGAUUUUCACAGUGAGAAGCGCUGAAGCGCCUCUAGUGGCUGUCAAUGAGACAGCCACUAGAGGCUGGAUUAACCCUAAUAUAAACAUAGCAGUUUCUCUGAAACUGCUAUGUUUAUAUAAAAAAGGGUUAAACCUAGCUGGACCAGGCACCCAGACCACUUCAUUAAGCUGAAGUGGUCUGGGUGCCUAUAGUGGUCCUUUAACUUCAGUUCCUUAAAUUUGUUAUGGAGUUAAGAGAAUCCAGACUCUAUCUUUAAACCGUUAACAAUCUUAAAACAGUUUUGCAUGGCUCACACCAGGAGAUACCGCCGCCUUUACCAAGCAUGAAUAGCCACAGUGCGUGGGCGCUGGACGUGCCGACACUGCUUCUGCGGGCUACACAUCAGACCAGUUCAGAACUGUCCUGUGCCUAUGGAGGGGGUCAGUUGACUCGUGUCUCUAGACCCAAUUAUUGCCAAUGUUGCCCCCAUAUCCCUGUUACUAUAAGCACUAUUUUUUUUCUGUUAUUACCUUUUCCCAGCCUUACAUUUGUAAUCAUUGUAGGGCAUUGGGGGUUCUCAGGGCGGCAUAACUAAGUAGAGCCAACAGUAUCAUUUAUGACUAUUUUACUAUUCGAAAAGAAAAAGAAGGAAACAAGUGGAGCUGAAAGCUGCAAAUCUCCUAGUGGGGGUUAACCUUGGUGUAAAUGUACAAAAAAGGAAGAGAUGGAGGAUGCAACAGAGAACGGAAAGGAAUAAAGCACUGGACAGAACCAGAUCCUAAAUUCUAAUUCAUAUAUAUAUAAAACGUAACAUUUUAAUCAGUAAGAUAAAAAGUCCAUUGAAUGGACUAAAGGGAACAAGACUAACCACAAACAAAGUAAAGAUAAAAUAUGUACAAAGAAGAAAAAGGCUACAAAAAAGAAUAAAUAAAAAUUACUGUUUUCUUUUCACUCCUGCUCCCAGAUGUAUAGAUUUAUUGCAGGGGUGAAAAACAAUUUUGUGAGCAGCAAAAAAAAGCUGUGGACUGUAUUUAUGAUUUAAUAAUAAUAAUAAUAAUAAUAAUAAGAAAAUAUUUUAAUAUUAUUAUUUUUUUUUUUUCCUUCUAGAUAGAGGAUAAAUCUAUUUUCUUGGAAGAGUUUAUCCAUUUCCUCAAGUAUCCUCUGAUAGUCUACAGACGAGAGCCUUCUGUGGAGAGAGUUAUGGAUUUUGUGGCAAAAUUUGUAACUUCAUUUCACAGCUCUGACGGUGAAAACGAUGAUGAAACUGAUGAAGAAAAUUCCCCUGUUAAUUACCUUUUUAACUUCCUACUACAGGUAUUUGUGGAUUUAAACAUAAUGACUCUAUCUGUAGCACUUAAGAGGAUAAAAGGAAAUACAAAAUGUAUGUAUUAAAUUAGUAAUUAUUCUCUCUAAAAUUAUUGUUCUGCCUAAAUUACACUCAUUUUGAAACUUUGGAUCCAAAUAUUUGUUUUGCUCUAAAUUCCUCUUUAAAUGGACACUGUAAACACCUGUAGUACAAGAAAACAUCUGGCGGAGAUUUUCCUAAUUUGUUUAUUUUUGUCUGAUUCUGCGAUGGACAUAGAACGCUGCACUAACCUAUGUUGCCAUCCAGGCUGAAAGACUUUUCUAAGGAACAAGUAUAAACCUUGGAUUAACAAGUCAGAUGAUGAGAGGUAGUAUUUAGGUGCCAGGGAAAGCCCAGAGUUUUGAAAAAACAAAUGGGCCAUGAUGGCCUGCGUGGACUCUUGGCAGCAUAACCAUUGCACUGAGCGAAUGCUAGCUCAUUUGUAACAUAUCCAUGUUGUGAGCCUAACUGUAAACUAUGUUUAUGCUUUCUUAGCUCAUGGUUUCUCAACUGUACAAUACAAAUAUAUGAAAGUAAGAUUCUAUAAUUUUAUAAAAAAAUUAUAGACGUAGACUUUACUAAUAGGCCUUAAUUAUUGUAUCACAGUAAUUUAAACUUUAACCUGUUCACACAGAGAGAGAAUUUUUUUUCACAGAAUGUCCUUUGCUCUGACCUUGAGUCACAAGCUUAGGAGAACGUUUAUCAACUUCACUGAAAGGAAAAAAAUUUUGUAAGAAAAGCGGAAACAAUUGUUGAACACUGUGCCGUAAUCAAUGAAUGUACCAGUUAUUAACAUGUUUCCAUAGUAUUAAGGAGGCAGGCAGUUAUCCAGGGAGAAGUGCAAACCUCUGUUUCAGUCUCACACAUGCAUAUGUGUACGCAAACACGCGCUCAUAAAUGGCUACUCAUUCACACAUAUACAAAAAUAAAGGCACACACUUUGAACUGAGUUAAUACUCUCUCCAAGCUCUGCUCCUUGCCUCUUCUGUCAGUAAGGAAAGUGUAUGUCAGGAAAUUGGGAGAUGCAGCAUCUGUUCUUGGUAUCUAGCAGGGAGUGUGCUUUCUUUACAUACUAGCUACUCAAAAAAUGCACACACUCUUUAUUAUCAACACACUUAGUCUCGCACAUAUGCUUAGAAUCCUAAACAUCCACACAUAACUGUACAAAAUACAUGUACGCAUACAUUUAUACAUUGACACACAUUUGCCUGUUUAAUUAUGCUCUGUCUACCCCUACUGCUCACCUCUGUUUGUGCUGAGAAUGGAGGUCUGCAAAUCUGUCCCAGGUGUCUGUUGGACAUUCGCUAUCUGCAUCCUCUGGAAGCAGACAUAACUUCAGGGCGCCCCACUGACUGCGCUGGGGCAAUGUGAUGUCAUAUUAAUGUCAUAGAAUGACAUGUGAAGUGUGAGUAUUUGAGGAACACUUAAAUCACUAUAACCACUACAGCCCAUUGAGGUCGCUGCUUUUUUAUAGGACAAUUCAAAUUUGACACUUUCUAUAGAGCAAUCCAUGGUCCUGCAGGAAAAAUGUUGUCGUUGCCUUACACGGUGUCUGGCAGUGAGUGCAGUCCUGCUUCGCCCAGGUAAAAUAUACAGGGACUUUUUGAUUAGUAGGACCAGCGACUUUAAAUGCAGAAUGUCGAAUGAUACAUAAUUUCUGCAAUUUCAGGGUAUUUGUUGCAAACAAUGAGCUUUCAGAGAAGAGGUGGAUAUUUGCACUUUAACCCUAUUUUUUUAUAGGUUAAUAUAGGUGAUUUUAGGUAGCCUAGUAAAAUGUAAAAUUGUAUUUUUGUGUGUGCUGUUCCUUAAUCUGGAUUUUGUAAAAAAUUUGAUCUAUAUGGCAGUACUAUUGUGAAAUGCAUGUUUUCCAGGAGCGCCCCCAAUUCCCUUUUUGUUUUUUUACUAUGGAACUUUGCAUUUUAAACACAUUACUCUGUAAAAAGUUUCCCCAUCCUGGUUUGUUUGUAACUGUCAUAUUUGCAUAACCUACAUACAUAAUUUAGGCUGUUUCGAUUAACGGAUGUAAAUCCCUUGCACUGGAGUUAUAUGAACACUAGGUGGUGCUGGUAAUCUACAUUUAACUACAGAAAGAAAAGACAUGUUAACCAUAUCGGCGUUGUUAAAACAGAACUCUGUGAUCUUUAAUUUUCUUUUUUCUUUCUUCUUUAGUCACACACGGCAAAUAGCAUGGCUGUGAGGUUCAGAGUUUGUCAACUGAUUAAUAAACUGUUGGUAAAUCUACCAGAAAAUGCCCAGAUUGAUGAUGAUUUAUUUGAUAAGAUUCAUGAUGCGAUGCUCAUACGUAUAAAAGACAGAGUGCCAAAUGUGCGAAUCCAGGCAGUAUUGGCUUUAGCCCGACUCCAGGACCCCACUGAUCAAAACUGUCCAGUUUCCAAUGGUGAGCUUAUCUUGUUGUAAUUACCUCAAUGUGCUUUUGCGGAUUAAAGUAUUAGAGGGUGUUAAAAAAAAAAAAAAAAAAAAAAGUGGGGGUGGGAAGCAUCAUACAAAACUUUGGAGGAGUAAUAUGCCAAGUUUUCUGAGUGAUGCUGUCUUUAAUAUUUACCUGACAUUGCAGUCUGCGUAUGGUUCCCAGGUAUAAUUGUUUAUUAUCUUAUGACCCAUGGUGCAAAUUAACUGUGGUGGGGGCCAACUCCAAUAUCAAUUAUAGGUAGAGAUCCACAUACAUCACAAUGUAGGGUAGAGGUUCAAAGAUUUAUUGUGUGCAGGUAACUUGUUUUUCUUUGGUUGAUGUGUACAAGUAGUGAUUGGAGCGAGCGCAGGACUUAUCUUUCUGCAUUUGUACUCAUUUUUUGUAUCACUCAGCCUUGUUACAAUGCUGCCGCCCAUCCCAUGUGUUCCCUAUUAAGGGUUAAUAAAUAUAUAGGGGUGUAUAUAAAAAAUACCCCUUUCUGUCUCAUUAGAGAUCUUUGCCAGAAACUCAAAGAAGCAAGGUGAAGGGUCAGCGUAGGGGGUCUGCCUUGACUAUGGCAGGCGAGCAUUCCCUCCAAUGGCCAUUGGAGUAACUAAAUGACCUCCAUUUCUCUAAAUAUACAUAGGGACUAAGGAGAGAGCCCAGGUAACUUGUUUUUCUUUGGUUUUUACUAUAUAUUGGGGCUGAUGUGUACUGUAGUCAUUGCUGCCACCCAGUAGUGAUUGGAGCGAGCGCAGGACUUAUCUUUCUGCAUUUGUACUCAUUUUUUGUAUCACUCAGCCUUGUUACAAUGCUGCCGCCCAUCCCAUGUGUUCCCUAUUAAGGGUUAAUAAAUAUAUAGGGGUGUAUAUAAAAAAUACCCCUUUCUGUCUCAUUAGAGAUCUUUGCCAGAAACUCAAAGAAGCAAGGUGAAGGGUCAGCGUAGGGGGUCUGCCUUGACUAUGGCAGGCGAGCAUUCCCUCCAAUGGCCAUUGGAGUAACUAAAUGACCUCCAUUUCUCUAAAUAUACAUAGGGACUAAGGAGAGAGCCCAGGUAACUUGUUUUUCUUUGGUUUUUAAUAUACGUGUGUGUGUAUAUAUAUAUAUUAAGUCCUCACAGCCAAGAAACCCGAAACAGUGUCUCCAUGCAGAGGGUGGAGACUCUGAAUAGCAGUGCUGCACUACAUUAAGCUGUUCUGGUGAGGAUAGUGUCCCUUUAAGACAGCUAAAUGGAUCCUAUAGUGCCAAUUAAAACCCCUUCAGCCACUUAGCUGAAUCCGCCCACGCUCCUCCCCUACCAACGUUAGCCAGCGGGGGAAACCUAAUGCGUAUGCGCGGCAAUGGCAUUAGACCUUCCCAAAGGGAAGCAUUAUUCAUUGCUUUCCUAUGGGGAAAAUCUGACGCUGGAGGUCCUAAUGCAGAGCGUGAGGAUGUCCAGCGUCAGAUAACGGACCAAAGGUCUGUUUGGAUUCUGGAAGCGUACCCAUUGGCUGUCUGGUAGAGAGCCACUGAGGGCAGAUUUAGUGUUGCAAUAUAAACAUUGCAGUUCUCUGAAACUGCAAUGUUUUACAUUGCAGCACUAAGUGUAAUAGUGACACAGCACUCAGACCACUUCAAUUAGCUGAAGUGGUCUGAGUGCCUACAGUUUUCCUAUAAUUUUUCUAUUAACGAUUUGUUUAUUACAGUGAAGAUGUGCAUCUUAACACUACCUCAAAUUUUAAAUGCGGACUACAAUUUACAGUACAAAACAAUGGAUCAGUUAUUCUCUCUAAAAAAACAAAAAUAGCAAACUCAGGAUAAAAAAAACAAACAACCUAUUUUGGAAAAAGUCAAAGCAUGGCUAUUUAGCCUAAAUUAUUUUUAGUUUUUUUUUCUUUUUUUCAUACACCACAAUUUGUUGUGUAAUUAAUAAACCCCAAAGAAGCCAGGUUCUGUAUCUGUCUUAUACCAGCAAGUGAAAAUUAUUACUAUUGCCGUAAAUAAGAUUAAACAGACCUAAGGAAAAGUAUACCAGACAUCACCAUUUUAGUACCGGUAAUCUAACUUUGUUCUGGUUAAUAUUCAUCCCUUCCUGAAUAGAAAGAAAGAAGAAAAAAAAAAAUCCUUCUCCUACGUAUGUUUGUCCAAUCCUAGCAAUCAGUCUUACCGUAGCUUUCAGAGGAAAUACUUUUGUUUGUUUGUACUAAUAAGGUUUCUCAAUCCGGUCACAUGAAAUAAUGAGAAUGAAUGAAGCAAAAGAAGGUUUGAGCCAAUUCUAACACCAUCUUCUCGGCUCUGCAAUGUCUGGGUAAUUAAGGCCAGUCGUUUAGGGGUUAUGCGUGGCUAUUAUGGUGCUUAUAAUAAGACUGGUUGCCAUAGAAACCAUGUGAAGCCUGCUUUACAUUGCACAUAUUGUGGAAAUGAGAAUGACAUGAGACCUGCAGUGCAUUAGCUACGUUCUGAAAAAUAAAAGUUAUAGCAAGUGAAGGAACUAGGAAACCAUGUUUGAUACCUUUCAAAAAAAAAAAAAAAGUCUUGUAAUUCAACAAGGACCAAACAGCAACUGUUGCUUAGGGUAAUGUCAACCACCAUAACCACUGCAGCUGCUGUAGCGGUUAUGAUGGUAGGAGUACCUUGGCACUAUUACCCUGGGUCUCCUCUGAAGCAGGAUUUACAACAUCUGGCUUCUGCAGAGCUGGUGCCAAUCCUAGCACUCAUUUAUGGUUUGAGAGCAACAGCUGACCACUCUCAGCCAAUGAAUUAGAUUCUGCGCAUCAAAAUUUGCAGUUUCACCUUCAGCAGCAAAGUGGUUAAACUCUGUAUAUGCAGCAUUUCAAAAGGAAAAGCUGCACAUACAGACUUCAGGCACCAUGACCUCUUAAAAUCACAGAAGUAACUCUUUUUAAAUUUCUGUGUGUCACUUUAUUUGAAAUGUUAUCCAAUUUGCUGGUUUAUAUAUACUGGAGAACAUGUUUUCUGCCAUAGUGUAUAGUGCGUGUCUGUCUACCUUUGCUUAUUUUAUUUUAUUUUUUUUCACCCUUUUAUGCCUCCAGUGGAUGUGAUCAUUUGACUAAUGUGUUUUGGUGGUUUAUAUUUUUAAUUUACAAUCUCUGAAAGAGGAAAAAAAAAAAAAUUAUUUUUCUAAGUUUCCUCUGUAGGAUUUUAAUGCUGCUUAGUUAUUUGAUAUAUAAAAUUAACAAUGUCACUGCAUCUUAUUUUUAAGCUUACACGCAGUUGCUAGAAAAUGACUCUAAUGCAGAAGUACGGAGGGCGGUAUUAUCCUGUAUUGCCCCUUCAGUGCAAACCUUGCCCAAAAUUGUAGGCCGCACAAUGGAUGUGAAGGAACCUGUGAGAAAGUUGGCGUACCAGGUAACUUAAUAUUUCAAUGUGCAUGGGAGAGAGGGGGUACUAUAAGUAAGUAAAAGCCUAUUGUAUCCUGUUAUAAGUUGGGAAUCCGAAAACCUGCAAUAUAUUCAAUAUAUAAAGUAUGGCAAGAGACGUUAGCUUUGUUUUGGAUUUUUGUUUUUGAACCUGAACUGAUUAUAAGCAACAUUAUGCAUUAUUGCUACAAGUCUUUAGGCUGAUAACUCGUAGUCAUUAUAGAUUUAAAAUUGCCAAAAAUAAGUCUCCAGAAUAAACAUGUGGAAGGUGGAGGAGUGUAUUUAUUUUUGCAGUAGGUUACAAAGAAGAAACCGAAUUACAUGACAACUCAAUAUUGAAAAAUUUACGAACCAAAAUUUUAAAGACGCUACCUCGUGAUAGCAUUCCAGUCACAUUAUCAGAUAUUGGCCUCAACUUGAUAUUUUUCCUUUAGCUUUUCAAAUGACUUAAUAUUUUUGGAUACACUUUUUUUUUUUUUUAAUAUUUUUUUUCAUAAUAUUAAAAUAUCAGAAAUAUAUAAUCUUAAAAAAAGUAAAUCAAUAUAUCAAAAUAUUUCUCAAACUAUUAAAUAAUGUAAAAUACAUAUCAAACUAUAACAAUGUUAAAUUAGGACAGGUAUAUAGUGUGCAUCAUACUGCUUUUUAUAGCAUCGGUUUUGCACACUAUAUACCUGUCCUAAUUUAACAUUGUUAUAGUUUGAUAAGUAUUUUACAUUAUUUAAUAGUUUGAGAAAUAUUUUAAUAUAUUGAUUUACUUUUUUUAAGAUGAUAUAUUUCUGAUAUUUUAAUAUUAUGAAUAAAUUUAUUUAAAAAAAAGUGUAUCCAAAAAUAUUAAAUCAUUUGAAAAGCUAAGGGAAAAAUAUAAAGUUGAGGCCAAUAUCUGAUAAUGUGACUGGAAUGCUAUCACGGGGUAGCGUCUUUAAAAACCGUUGCUAUAAAAAGCAGUAUGAUACAAAAAAGGUGAGAGCCUAUAGAAGGCAAGCAUAAGGUAUUUUGGGGAACAUACAUUUAAAGACAAUAUUCUACUGUACUUCUUCAAAAAGUACCUGCUAUGUUUAUGAGCAUGCUCUGCCCCUCUGGAUUUUAUUUACAGUUUACCUUAACGUGUGUUUUUUUUUUUGUUUUUGUUUUUUAAAUUUAUUUCAGGUUUUGUCCGAAAAGGUUCAUAUAAGAGCUUUAUCCAUUGCUCAGAGAGUGAAACUCUUGCAGCAGGGACUUAAUGACAGAUCAGGUAACAGUAAUACUUUGUUAAAUUUUGUACUUUUCUAAUUGUAUUUCUUGUGCUAUUUAUUUUGUUGAUGAUCAAAUAUUUUGGAUGCUGAAUCUGCUGCAUAUCCCAGGUUAAAUUAUUUUGAUUGUGAAUCGGUUUUGUUUUGUUUGUCCAUUGCCCAUUGGUUGAUAUUUUGCAUAAUGGUGAUGUUUCUGACCAAAUGUACAUUUAGACUUGAGGAGAUGCUGAUUUAGACUAGGAAGCUAUUUUUCUGUUUUUGGUUGUGGGAAAAUAGUACAACAUUUUUUUACAACAUAGAUUAGAAUAUUAAGUUACGAAAUUACUAGUUUGAAAAACAACCUUAAUUGUGCUUUAAAAAAAAAAAAACAAUUCAUAUUUCUUGAUCUUUACAAUUGAUUUAAAUCCUGCAAUCCAAUUCAUUUUCUAUCCGUUUGAGUUUACAAGUAUCCUUUUAAUAUUUCCAAUACUUAGUUUUUUGUAUUUUAUACUUUGUUCACAAAUAUGUGUUUAAUACAUGCCUCUGAGCAUUUACAGUGGCCUGGGGUCGUUCUGCUCUUUGACACAUUCUUAUAAAAGGCAUUCAAUGUGUGACAUACAGACACUCUGUAUUCGUUGUUAUGACAAUCUUUGAAUCAUUUUCUGAGAUUAUGAUCUCCUCUGUAAUCUGUUAAUGUGCUCAGAUAAAAGCUGAAUAGUGUUUGUAUUUUGUGGGGGAAAAAAUGCAUGCAGCCUCAGAUUAAAGAUAAAAUAUGUUGAUAAUCUUGAAACAUAAAUUUUUUUUUAUUUAUAAAAUAUUUUAUAAUAUUAUAAAAAAAUAUAGUAUUUGGUGUAUCAUAGGGAAAGCUUAACCUUCUUUAAAAUUUUAAGUAACACUCUAACAUGAACACACUCUCUCUCUCUCUCUCUCUAUAUAUAUAUAUAUAUAUAUAUAUAUAUAUAUAUGUAUGUAUAUGUAUAUGUAUAUGUAUGUAUAUAUAUGUAUAUGUGUAUGUAUGUAUAUAUAUGUAUAUGUGUAUGUAUGUAUAUAUAUGUAUAUGUAUAUUAUAUAUAUAUAUAUAUAUAUAUAUAUAUAUAUAUAUGGUCCAUGCACAAAGAAGGAUUGAGGAUGCAGGUAAUUUUGGAGCACUAUUCAGUAAGGCUUGGGAUCGGUUUUAGAAUGUAUAGCUGGACAGAACUGGUGGAAGAUGGGCAUGAAUAAAUAGUUUGAGGAUGUGUAUAACACAAUUUAAGUGUCAAAGACUGCUUUCUUGUGUUCGUUAUACUACCUUCUGGUGGUUUUGUGGGCUUCUUGGCUUAAUUACUGGGGACCGGUUUACUAUUGUAAAGCAGAGUCCGCUGAUAUGGAGCAAAAUCAUAUUUACUUUUGUCGCUUCCAAGGCAGCCAGAAAAAAAAUGAAUAUAUAGGAGUAAUUAAACACAUUAUUUUGUGACAUUCACAUAAGAUGGAUGUUAAAGCUAAAAUACAUAUUAAGAUAAUUAAAAAUAAAAAACAAAUUGUAUUGUCUUGUAUCUUUAACACUAUUUAAAGUGUUUUUUUUUUUUUUUUUUGUUAUAACAAAUAUAUAGUUUUCUGAGGAAUCUUGAACAAUUAAAGCAAUAAUAAUUUGCAACUGUUGCUCAGCUGAAGGCACAAAUGAUUUAUUUGUUAUCUCUGCGCACUUAGCCAAUCCAAUGCUACUUUUAGAGAGAAGCGUUAUAUCCAAUGGGUCUCUUUAAUAAUCAGUAAUCAUUAGCCACAUUUUGCAUCUUCAUGCCUUGUAUAAUGAUGCCGAAUGUGAAGACCUUUAAAAAUGUAUGGUCUCAAGAAGGAAAAGCAGCAGCUAUCUGUCUAAAUACCACUAGAGGCAUGUUUUCAAACAGAUUUUAAAUAUCGCUGUUCCUCAGAAACCGUAAUGUUGUACGUUAUCUGAAAAAAAAAAUGGGUCUUUGCACCACAAUAUUAGGAUUUUUUUUUUAUAUAUAUAUAUAUUUCAAUUUUUUUUUUCAAAUAGAUAGUAUAGUAUAACAGUAUGUCGUUAGACACAUAUACAAAAAUUUCGUAGUUAUCAUUUGUUAACAGAGUAAUUAGAUCACACUGCAGAUUAAAUGAACAGUAUUACAAACGACAAUGUAUAAUAGCUAACAAUAGUGCUAAUCAUUUUACUUAAUUCGACAAAGAUGGUUUAACUUGGUGAAAGAGCGCAACGUAUGUAAUGCAAUGUUGCUGGUUAAUGCAGUAAAUAAAUACUUCAAUGAGCUUACGUAUUCAAGAGUAACAAGUAUUGUUAGAUCAAAGUGAAUUCCGCUAGUGCGGAGUUAUUGAUAUAGUGAAUUAGAAGGGAUGUGGUGAAGCGUAAUUCAUAACAGACUAGUCAUGGCAAGGAAUGGCAUGUGUAAAUUUCUAGGGUGUGCGGCUGGUAUACAGGAAGGGGGGGGGGAGAGGGGGAAUAUUAGGAUUUUGUGUCCCUUUAACACAAAUUAUAGGUUAUAUCUGUGUUUUAUUCAGAGGUAUAAUUUCAAGAGAAGUGACUCCUUCCUGGUUAAGUUUAAGAAAAAAAGUACACUUUUUAUUUUUAUUUUAUUUUUUUAAGUGUCCUCUGCCACUCUAUUUUACAGAGGCUGUGAAAGAAGUGAUGCAGAAAAAAGUCAUUCAAGCUUGGCUCCGAUAUACUGAGGGUGACGUUUUGGAAUUGCUCCAUCGCCUAGAUGUUGAAAACUCUCCAGAAGUUGCUGUGUCUGCCCUAAAUGCAAUGUUCUCUGUGUCUCCUCUUAAUGAGCUAAUCCAAAACUGCAAAAACAUUGAUGAACGGUAAAGCAGAGGGAUUAACAACAAUGUAUUACCUGAUUUGUUUAUUUAGUCAACAUUUUUUUACUGUUCCGAGCACUCUAAAGGCCAUUGGUUCCUAAACGUGAGUUUGAUUUUCAUGAGCAGGCUCUUUAUCCAUGCUUUGCUAAUUAUGCUUCCAGAGCUAAUGAAAAUGUGUUCACCAUUGAUGUAUUUUACUUUCAGAAUGUAUGUGACCAUGGCUUCUUAAAUCUCCAUGUGUGAACAAAGGAGAAUGGAUUCCUGCAUUGUUGUAUUGUCAGGUGUCUGAGAGAGAGUGUUUGGGUUUUUUUGGCACAAAACCAGCAUUAACUUUUUGAGAUUCAGUUUUUGCCUAGUCCUUAAAUUCCAGGCUACAGCAGCAGGAGUGUUACGUUAAAAAUAGGAAUUCGGUUUAUGACCACUAGGGUAUUUAAUAAGGGUAACUAAAUGGUAAAACUUCAUCACUUUUCCUUUUUGUUUUUCUGCAGCCAAAGUCCAAUUUCAUUGUAAUAGACUUGUUUUUGAUUUACUUCUGAUUUCUAGGAAGUUGAUCCCAGUGGAGACUCUUACUCCAGAAAAUGUUCUGUAUUGGAAAGCCCUUUGUGAAUACUUGAAAUCAAAAGGAGAUGAAGGGGAAACUGCAUUAGAAAACAUUUUACCAGAGCCUGCUGUGUAUGCAGAAUAUCUAUCAAGGCAAGAACGAGUAUUUUUUUUGUUGUUUAAGUACUUGGCUUAAUGUGGAUUUCUAGGUACCAAAACCACCACUUCCCAUUGUAAUUGUUAUGGUACCAUUAGGCAGUGUGUUUUCAUAUAUUCACUAAAGGGAAAGGUGGUGUCCCUUUUUCUGUGUACUACAGACCUAUACAUCUCCAUGUAAGAUUUCUCUUAAAAUAUAAAUAAUCAUUGUCCUGGAACCUAAUGUAAAGUUAUACAUUUUUCUAGUUUUGAUUUGUAUUUUCAUGUAUUUUUUUUUUUUUUUAGCUACCUUCGAAACCUUCCUGUACUCACAGAAGAAGAGCGAGCAGAUAUUACUAAAAUUGAGGACUUGAUGACAAAAGAAUUUAUAGGGCAGCAGCUGAUUUUUAUAAUAGGCUGUCUGGAUACCACUGAAGAGGGAGGCAGGUAGGUUAGAAUAGCUUCUUUUUACAUUGUAUCAUUGUAUUAUUUUAUUUUUUUGCUAUAGAAUUGUUCCCACACACUUAUGUAUUUUUCUUCUUACUGCUUACAAGCCAUAAACAAUCUCUCACUAAGUUAAUAUAAAAUGUGCCUCAUCUAAGUAGAUUGUCUACAUUAUUCAAAGUUUUUAGCAUGAGCAAGAAAAUGUCUUGCGUGGAUGGCUGUAAAUUUUGCUCAUGAUUUCUGUAAACCUGUACAGAUUUGUAUUACUUUAGAAUAAUAUAGGACUCCUACGCUACUUGACAGCCUAAGCAUUACUCCACAUUUUAUGAAGGGUGUAUUUCUACUCUUUAGGGCUGAAUCUAUGGCUAGUGAGGAAGUGGAAAGUUUAGCUCUGAUAUAACUGGGGUCUCUUUGUAUUCUCUCUUCUCUCUCUUAGCUGUUAUUCCCUGCCCUAAUGAUAUGACGUCUGUUUUAUCAAUAAAGUUAAAGAAAAUACAAGUGUAUGGUUCAACAUCUGGAGUUUUCCUACACCUAGUCCACACAGAUAAAAUGUCAUAAGGACUGACUGACUCAGGGGUGUGGAAUUUUUUUAUUUAUUUAUAAAAAAUUUUUUUUUUAAUUGUACAAGUGACUAAAGUGGUAGCCCUAUGUUACUUGAUCUGACACAAAAUAAUUUCAAUUAAUAGGAUUUUGGCCCCUGCUAAGAGCCCUGGACUUUGACAGGGCUAUUGGCUUAAGUCUGAAUUUUUACAAAAUCUGAAAGGAAAAAUGGAGGCAAAAAUUGCUAAUCUGGAAACAUUCUCUAACUCUGCUAUAGUCACAACAUGGCUAUUUAUGCCUCAGAUUUGUCACUUGGAUUUAUUUUGCAAAAAUUCAGAAUGUUGUGUCUUGCCCUUUGCCAUCCAGUGAGCUGCAACCUGCUACGGUGUCCCGGUACAGUGUUUCCGGGUGGGCCUGCCUGGCUCUACGACUGGUUCUUUCCUAACUAUACUAGCAUUCAGGCCAAUGUUGGAGUAAAAAGAGAGGUGUGUAAAAAAACUUUUUAAAAUUGUACAAUCCCACUCCAUGAUAUAUCAGGGAAUUAAGAAGCCAUUUUAUAGUUGAGAUGCAUUUUUAAAGCAAUUCUUCUUUAUGACUUUCAAAUAAGGCAAAGGCUGUACGACUUGCCUGUAAGCAACUGAUCUGUUGAUACAUUCUCCUUUUUAUUCCAGGAAGCGUUUGAUUACAGUUCUUCAAGAGAUACUGGUUCUGCCUAAUACUCCAACAUCUCUCAUAUCCUCUCUGGUGGAGUUGUUGCUUCGUAUUAUUAAAGAUGAUGACCGUAGAACACUUACAGUAUGUAGCUUAGUUCUUUGCAAAUAUAUUUGGUUUUGCACAGGGCACUUUAUAGGUAAUAACAUUUCUUUUGUUUAAAGAGACACUGUAGGCACUCUAUCUACUUCAUCUCAUUGAACUGUUUAUAGUGUCUAAGGUGCCAUAAUGUCAUUCAGUUUUAAACAUUUUUUAAUGUUUUUAUGUUUUAAUGCUAAGAGUAGCACUUCCUCUCUGUGCUGCUUUGGCUAAUGAGGAAAUAUUAUUUUGAACAGCAGUGGGCAGCUGUGAUUGGCUGAGAUGGUCAGUUGACUGCCUUUAGCUACCACUGUCGUUAAGGAUAUGACUACAAGAAAGUGUGUAAUCUCUGCCUUAGCCACACCCACAGAAGAGUUUGUGCUGUGAGUGACCAGGGACCCAUAUUUAAUUGCAAACUGCUGGAAAAUGAUUUAACAAUGAAUGGAGGCACUACAACCAGUUCAAAGAGAUUAAAUUGAUUUAGUGACUACUUUGUCCCUUUAAGGAUCAAUGGCAGAAUAAGUCUGUCAUAACAAUUCAAUGUUUAAUAGUCCUUUAUUAAAAUGGAAUAUUUUGUAUAGAGCUGCAAAUAUAAAGUAAACAUGACAUUCUAGACUAGUUCAGGAUUUUUAGGUACCAGGUGGGGAUACUCUGCUCCUAAGGGGUCAACAAAUUAUUGCACUCAUGGCCAAACAAAAUUUUGCCUGUUGUCCUUUUGACACUUUUGUCCUGCUAAGUGAGUGAAUGCAGGGAUUUAUGUGUGAGACCAUUGUGUCCUUCUGCUGUCACUAUCAAGCAUGCCCAUGCUUUCAUUGUACUCCUCUACCUGUAGUGUCCAUCUUCUCUUCCUGCCCCCUUUCUUAUAGUUUGUGAGGUCCUCUGCUGCUUACUUGAGUGUAGCCUUAUCCCUGAUGCCUUCUGUUGCAAGGAAACCGCAGAGCUAUGCAUGGGCAGUUCUAAACACAACUCCCUUCUGGCUAACUCUGUAGUGAUUUCACAUAUCACUACAGGACCAGCUGCUGGAAGCUGUGCUUAAAUUCCAUGAAGCACAAGUAAAGAUUCCAGAGCCCCUACUUGCCGCAGUACACCUGCCGGCUGUAAGUGAUAAGCAGCCGUGAAUGUUUUACCCUGAUCUGGCUUAAUUUGGAAUAUUGAGGGGUACAAAGAUAACAAGAUCCAGCGCACUCACACUUUCACUAAACAGCAACUUCAAAGCUCACAGAAUGUAAUAGUUUAUUUUUUUUAAAACAUUUAACCUAGACAAAAAUAAUGGGGGUUUACUUAUAGUAUAUGAUCGUACAAAUUAUAUAUAUAUUUUUGGGAAAAGAAAGAAUGUAGCGCUUGUGGGAGUAAAUUGUCACUUUUUCGCAGUCUCUGAGGAAUAUAUAGGAGAUCAGCAACCAAGUGCCUGGUAAGAAAAUAAUCGCAUAUAGUGUAGAUGGUAUAUUACGGAGUAAUCAUUAAUAUAGAAAUAUAUGAAUAAACUCACAAACGGGGAGCUGUAGACUCCGCUCUAGUUUGUAUCGCUUUUGGAUCUGUUUAGGCGAUCCUCCCCUUAUGGAAGUUAUGUCACUGCUAGGUCCGUUUGGAUAAUCUUCCCUCUUUGGUUGAUUGUGGAUACUGUGAAUCUUAUCCUGAGAAGAGGGUAAAAGCAAGGACGAUUGCGCAGUACUAUUUGAGAUUCCCUUAUAAAAUAAUAAAGAUUCCCAAAUGGGUACUUACAAGCCUGGAGUCAAGCAAUGUGACUCAAUUUUCACGUAUUGUGCAGUGUGGGACUGCACUCCCAUCCAGAAAAGGCAGGUGGGUUAGGUGAAUCCAGGAAUCAAAAUAAUAAUAAAAGCUAACUUUAUUAUAAAACAAAAAGGGCAUCAAUAUGCCUAAAAUCAAUUAAUAAAACAAAGAGCAUCAAUAUGCUUAAAAUCAGGAAACCAGAAUGCGUUUUGCCACUACACUGUGGCUAUUUCAACUGGAUAAAUUAAUACAAUGUUGCCUGUUCACUAGAUACUGUUUAAAUACUCUCAUAAUUGGUGGUAAAAAGGUCUAUGAUGACGCCGCAACACGCUGUUGCCACCCACAGGCAAAGCGUGUGCGGUUCAAGCCUCUGUUUCGUUCACACACACGAACGGCAGAUACAGUUUCUAUAUACCAGUACAGCUUAGCACUUUUCAAACAUCGCACACAUACGCACGGCAGAUAUUGUCUCUGUGUAACACUGCCGCUUACCACUUAUCGAAAUCAUUUCAGAUACGUUACAACUUGCCACUUGUCCAAAAUUAUUUCAGAUGCUUCCCAUAUAAAAGUUAUCUUUUCACUUAUCUUAUAUUGUCUCUGUACAACACUGCCGCUUACCACUUGUCAAAAUCAUUUCAGAUACAACAUUACAACUUGUCACUUGUCCAAAAUGAUUUCAGAUGCUUCCCAUCUCAAAGUUAUCUUUUCACUUAUCUCCUAUAUUCUUGUGCCUUCCUUCUUCUCCUCUUAUUCUCUUCUGUAUCCGAUGAAAUAAAGUCCAUUUUAAGGGAUUCCCUUUCAUCGUCGGAAAGUGUAUAGUCCAUAUAUGACUCCAUAUGGAAUUUGAUGGACUAUUUGAAGUACUUUGUUGUUUGAGGUGUUGGAAGCGAAUGUUUAGCAGCUAGUUUGAAGAUAUCUAUAACAAAUUGUGUUUAUUUUAAUUAUUUGUAAUAAGUGCUGGUUCCUAUCUAUCAAAUUUAUAUAUAUAUAUUUUUGUUUAGGUUAAAUGUGUGUGUGUGUGUGUGUGUGUGUGUGUAUAUAUAUAUAUAUAUAUAUAUAUCUAUUAAAUUCUGUGGUCUUUGCAGUUGCUGUUUAGUGAAUGUGUGAGUGCCCUGGAUCUUGUAUGUUGUGUGAGUCUCUGUCCUACAGAAAUUCUAAUCCUUUUAUUUGACUUUUAACUAGAUAGCAGAAAUCGUCUCUGAGCUACGGGAGCCCAUUGUCACUGUGGAAAAUCCAGCCGAUCACACUGCAUCCAGGAAACUGCAGUUGAAGGUAAGAAUUUGUUAAAUAGUGCACGUUACAUUAUUUUACUUAAUUAAGCCAAAACUGUUAUUUUUAAUACAACAUUCCAUACUUCUAGCAGCUGGUGAUGUCUCUCCCAAUCCAGGGCCCUUCACCUUCUCUACACACACUAAGACAACCAGAAACCCCACAAACCUCAUCACAAUACCCUGCCCUUUACCCUCACUUAUCAAAAUUAAUUGUGCACUCUGGAAUGCCCGCUCCAUCUGCAGUAAUUUAAAAUCAACAACCAUACACGACUUUUUCAUCUCAAACUCACUCACACUGCUUGCACUUACAGAGACCUGGCUGUCCCCCUCUGAUAGCGCUACUCCUGCCUCUUUGUUUUGGUUGGCUACAAUUCUCUCACACUCCCAAGCUCAACUGCAAAGGAGGCGCCGUAGGCAUCCUUCUCUCCCCUCAAUGUACCUUUCAACCAAUCAUAACUCCCCCAGCCCUAUCCUUUUCUUCUUUUGAAGUUCACACUGUCCGCCUAUUUAAACCCACUCCUUUAAGAAUUGCUAUCAUCUACAGCCCCCCUGGUUAUCCUAGACUAUUCACUGAGCACUUUUCUUCCUGACUUCCCCACUUCCUCUCAUCUAGCACUCCUUCCCUUAUACUUGGGGAUUUUAAUAUCCCAUCAAUAACCCCAAUUGCACUGAUGCCUCUCGUCUGCUCUCUGUAACCACCUCCUUUGGCCUUACGCAAUGGUCCAAUCUAGCAACCCAUACAGCAGGAAACACUUCUGAUCUUGCCUUCACCAACCUCUGUACUGCCUCUAAUCUCUCCAAUAUUCCUUUUCCUCUAUCUGACCACCAUCUGCUGACUUUUGACACUGGCAUGCCUAAGACCCAAUUGACCCAAUUGACACCACCGUCUGAACAUCACUCUCACAGAAACCUCCAAUGUCUUGACCUAGAGCAUUUCUCCACUAAUCUACAAACUCUCCUUUUACCUAUCUCAUCUGUCCUAGUUCUGCAACCUCCUUCUACAAUUCCACCCUCUCCUCUCAACUAGACAUCAUGGCACCGUGUACAUUUAAACGCCGCAGGCCCCCCAACAACAACCCUGGCACACCAAGCUCAUUCGAUACCUCCAAAAAUGCUCCAGAACUGCUGAACGCUGUUGGAGAAAGUCUCACUGUGCGUCUGACUUUCUCCACUAUAAAUUUAUGCUGAGCUCAUACAGCUUGGCUCUUUCCUCUGCAAAAGUUAAUUACUUCAAUACCCUCAUAACCACACUCUCCUGCGAACCCAAACGACUAUUUCACACAUUUGACUCUCUUCUUCGCCCUGCUGUUCCUCCUCCACCUACUAAUGUGACCGCCUCAGACUUUGCAACUCACUUCACUGACAAGAUCUCUACUAUCAGAGAAGAGAUCUCUCAUCUUUCUUCUUCCUCUUACAAUACUUCCCCUAACUUCACUCCCUCUGCUGUUCUAUGUUCAUUCGCACCCGCUACAUUGGAAGAGGUUUCUGCUCUGCUCCAGUCCUCCCGCCCCACCACCUGCUAGAUCCAAUUCCCUCGCAUCUCAUCCAUUCUCUCUUCUUCUCUUUCUCCACCUCUCACUAAAAUUCUCAAUCUCUCUCUCUCCUUUGGUAUAUUUCCAUUGCCCUUCAAACAUGCAACCGUAACCCCAAUUCUAAAGAAGCCCCAUCCAACUAUCGUCCUAUCUCGCUACUGCCUUUUGCAUCCAAGAUCCUUGAAAAAAUUGUGUAUGCGAGAUUGACAGACUUCCUCGAGUCCAACUCUCUGCUAGACCCGCUUCAGUCUGGUUUCCGCGCUAAGCACUCUGUGGAAACGGCACUGACCAAAGUAUCCAAUGAUCUACUUGCUGCAAAAUCUCGUGGUCACUACUCUAUCCUAAUUCUCCUUGACCUGUCUGCGGCUUUUGACACUGUUGAUCAUCAACAGCUUCUUCUCAUCCUCCGCAAUAUCGGUCUACAAGAUAUUGCUCUCUCCUGGUGCUCCUUCUACCUCUCCCAGCGCUCUUUCAGUGUUUCUUUCUCCUGGCUCUGCUUCUUCUCCCCAACUCCUCUCUGUUGGUGUCCCCCAAGGUUCAGUCCUUGGUCCCCUACUGUUCUCCAUCUAUACUGUCUCCCUUGGUAAACUCAUUAGCUCCUUUUGCUUCCAAUAUCAUUUCUAUGCAGAUGACACGCAAAUCUACCUGUCCUCUCCCUGUCCCUCUUGACUAGUGUCUCUGACUGCCUCUUUGCUGUUUCUAACUGGAUGGCUGCCCACUUCCUUAAACUAAACUUGACCAAAACUGAAAUUCUGGUCUUUCCUCCCUCAAGUGUUGUUACUCCUGUGUCUGUCUCCCUCCAAGUCAACGGUGCUACCAUCAGCUCCACCACGCAGGCUUGCUGUCUAGGUGUUCUCUUUGACUCCGACUUCUCCUUCAAGCCUCAUGUUCACUCUAUCGACAAAUCCUGUCAUUUCCAUCUCAAAAACAUUGCGCGCAUCCGCCCCUACUUAACGCCAGAUGCGACUAAGGUGUUGGUCAAUUCCACCGUCCUUUCUCGCCUUGACUAUUGUAAUCUGCUUCUCAGUGGUCUUACAUGCUCCCAACUAGCGCCGUUACAGUCUAUAAUGAAUGCGGCGGCGAGGCUCAUCUUCCUGUCCGCCCGCACCUCCCAUGCCUCACCCUUCUGUCAGUCCCUACAUUGGCUUCCUAUAAAAUAUAGUGCUCAAUUUAAAAUUCUGGUUCUUGCUUUCAAAUCUCUACAUAAUGCUGCUCCCACCUAUCUAUCCUCCCUUAUACAUAAGUAUGUCCCGUCUAGGCCCUUAUGAUCUGCUGAAGACUUACGUCUAUCUUCUGUCCGUACUCCCACCUCUGAUGCUCGCCUUCAAGAUUUCUCGAGGGCUGCACCGUUCCUGUGGAACUCGCUUCCCUCCUCCGUUAGAUGCUCACCCAGUCUCCACUCCUUCAAAAAAUCGUUAAAAACCCACUUCUUCAUAAAAGCGUAUCAAUUAAACUGUUAAUAGCUCCUGACUGAUUCCUCUUCUGCAACUGUCACUAGUCUAAUACUAUCCUUACCUUUUUGUGUCAUUUUACCCCACUCCCUCUAGCAUGUAAGCUCAUUGAGCAGGGCCCUCAACCCCUCUGUUCCUGUGUGUCCAACUUGUCUGGUUACAACUGCAUGUCUGUUUGUCCACCCAUUGUAAAGCGCUGCGGAAUUUGACAGCGCUCUAUAAAUAUCAUAAUAAUAAUAAAAGUAAUAUCUGCAAAAAGUGUUAAGUUUUUUGUUCUGAAUUUUUUCAGCAUGCUAAAUUGCAUUCUGUGAUGUAAGCAGGUACAUUUAUUUAUUUUUAUAAGCACUGGUGUAUGACACAACCUUACCUCUGCUGCGUUAAUUCCAAUAAACAAUGCAACCAUAUUUACUGAGGGGAAAUAUAUUGUACUGGAAGUUACAGUUCAUCAUUAAAUCUAUAGGCAGGAAUUCAAAAUGUUAAAGUAGAAUAGUCACUUGUUUGUUAAUUACACCAUUGAAUAAACAAUUGAAAAUCCCCUCUAACUUGAUAACCUUUUUUCAUAUGAUGUGACUGCUGUGAGGAAAAAGGCAUUGUCUACGAACGGAGGCUCUUGCGGGAUCCUCUGUAGACUUCAGUGUUGUGUUCUUGUACAUACAUGAGAUAUCUAAAAAUCCUUGCAAGUGAUGGUUCCUUUAUAAGGCUUGUCAAAAAAAAUUUUUUUACGGUGACCUUCAUGUCUCGAUCCUAUAUUUCAGCUCGCUGAUGUUAAAGUACAACUUAUUGAAACCAAGCAGGCUUUGGAGGAUAGCGUAAAUCUACAGGAUUUCACUCUUGCAUCUGAAUUAAAGGAGAAGGUGGCAGAACUGGAACAAUUGAAAACACAGCUGAUUAAGGAAGCUGAACAGCCAGAACUUAAAGAAAUACGCGUGGAAAAGGUUACAUUUUACAGAACAUUUACCCAAAAAAGCACUUACAAGGCUUUAAAAUGAAGCAGAUACUUUUUGAACUCCUUUUUAAAUGUUAAUCAUAAAUCUUCUAUUUCAGAAUGACCCAGAAACACUCCUUAAAUGUCUUAUUAUGUGCAAUGAACUCUUAAAGCACAUGUCUCUUUCUAAAGGACUAGGAGGAACAUUAAAUGAGAUCAUUGAAUCAUUGGUAAGUUUCUCUUUUUCUUAGCUGAAACAAAAAAAAAGGGGGUAAAAAUAAACCUGAAGUGCAAAUAACACAAAUCCCCAAAAAUAAUAUUGCUUAAGAUCCGUGUCUCUUACAGCCAUUUUACUAAUAUUUCCCCAUAGAUGCGCCAGACUCAUCAUGUAUGUAUAAUCCUUUAGAUUUGAUUAGAUUUGAGAGUACAACACAUGUAUGUCUAAUUACAUAUAAUAUUUUUAUGUACUUUAUAUCUCUGAAACUGUUGAAAUUGUCCAUUCUUGGUUCAAUAUAAUUGGGUUUAUUUAUAGUGGAAUUGUACUCACACUCUGGCUUUCUGCAGAUUCUUCCUGGUAUAACCAAUGUACACCCAUCUGUAAGAAAUAUGGCCGUAUUAUGCAUUGGAUGCUGUGCUCUUCAGAACAAAGAUUUUGCUAGACAACAUCUUCCCCUACUAUUGCAAGUAAGUAUGUUUUCUUAUUUAUUUCCUGCGCUUUGCCACUGGUUACUUGAAAACAAGGCCUUUUUUAGUUUAAAUGCAUUAUAGCUAAUAUUCUGGUUAAAGUAAGAAUGUCUGUUAUAAGUCACUUCCUCAUGGCUCAGAACUAAGCUUACAAGAUUCAUAGAAUACUUGCUGAUAUAUAUUUUUACAUUAUCCUUUAAAUAUUCUGGGGGAAAUUUCCGUAUUUCAUUGAGAGAAGUCUUCUCAUGUGGCGUUGACAUGAUGUUGUGCAUUCCUCCUCUGUUACAAGAUGAGGCGGUAAAUAAUCCCACCCGAUGACAUCCGUGACACUGGAGGACUGUCUACCUCUUCUUAAAAUUGCCUGUUUUCCAAGGUAGCACUAUAUUUAAUGUGAUAUUUUGACAGCAGGACUCGGUCAUUCAGACCUGGACAGGAGAACAUUAACAGCAGACUAAAGGAUGGACAGACGAGAAGGUCAAUGUAGGAUAGACAGGCUAUAGACAAAGGCUACGUGGGAAGAGGACCAGGCAUCAGAAAUUGGGCAAAGGUGCAAAUAGGUUAUAUAUAGUGGAAGGUACACAACAAGGCAAUAUAGGAUAGAACUUAAAAGUAUAGAAAGAUAAGAUGAUGUAGACUAAGGAGGUUAACAGAGAUGAUAAGAUAUAGAAGCACAAGUCAAUGGAAUUACAUUUGGCAAUAUGGACAGAGAUCUGAUAGGUAGAAGAGCAUAAGAAAUAUGUGGAGGUGUAGUUAGGAGGACAAUCUAUGGGGCAGCGAUGUCUUAAGCAGAGUUUGGCAAUGAGGCAGAAGGGGGGAAAAAAUAUGCUGAUAGGAGUAAGCAUUACAAUUAGCUGCAAGGAAAGUAGAAAGACACUUAGUGAGGAAACCCAUGGAAACAAUGUAGUGGGUAAAGUAGAGAACUAAUAGGUUUUCCAAAAUUAAAAUCAUUAAAACUAGUUGAAAGGGCUAGGUAAUUUAGGCUUAAAAAAGAACCAAACAAACCGCUGUAAUGAGAUGAAUAAGGGUUAGAGAUUGGCUGGGAAGGGAUCUGAAAUGGGAAAAGUGUUGGUGGCUGGAAAACAAUUGGACAUUCACUCAGUUGAACUGCGGAAUUUGUUGGCACUAUAUAAAAGCAUAAUAAUGUGAGAAACAGGAAAUGGGCUAGGAAGAACAGACUGGAGGAUGCAAAAAUAAAUGUGGAGAACAAAUACAACCGUGAUAGGUGUGAUAUUUUCAGCUGGAGACAUAGAUGGGGAUUUUAAGCAUGAAUGGGAGAGAUAAUGAAGCGAAAGGCAAAAAAAGGAAGUAUAAAAGGAUAUUUACGAGUGAGAUGGGAAAUAUUAGGAACAGUAAACUUAGAUCUUCUUCCAAGCACUAAAAAUCCUUACACUCCUCUAUGAAGACUUGGCUAACACUGGAACAUCUAUAGGAGAAACUGUUCAUCUCUGAUUAUCGGAGCGCCCCUUUAAUACACUGCAAUUUUGCAAUUACAAGGGGAUUCGUGUGCUACACUAUUUUGUAUUUGACAGAUGUAGAAGAGGCCCCUCACUACAAUAUGAUUUGUCUUAUUUUUAAUUAUAUGGGCUCCUUAUGUUUGAAUACCUAGUGUUACAUAAGGGCUAUAAGUGGCCAUUGUCACGAUUAUUGGUGAUCUUUGGAAAAUUUUAGGGCACUUGCUUGUGGUGAUUGAAGUAUUGCUGCAAUAACCAGUUUAUACAUCCAUGUGAAUAUAAUUUUGCAUAUGCCUACAAUCCACACUUGUGGAUAAUGUUUGACAAUAUCAAUGUAGAAGUACUCGUGAACACAGUAUUAUAUGUGGCUGAACUGUUCAUUUAAUAUAUCCAUUCAGUAUUGAAUGGAUAUAUGCCUGCAAUAUACAGUUUGAAUAAUGCUUUUUCUAAAACAUCAGGACAUGUAGUGUGCAUAUUUAAUGUAUAUGUUGUGGGUAUAUGUAUGCAUGCAAAAGUUGCUAAACCUGUUUGGGAUCAAGGCAACCAUUUCAGUUUUGAAAGUCUAGGUGUGAUUGUGGCAAUCAAAAACAUUGACAACACACCUGCCUGAUUUUUUUUUUUUUUUUUUGGCCUUGAUUUACCUGAAGCCUGGGCCAGUUAUACUGAAGAUUUAUACCCUAGAUAUGAAUUAAGAACCUUAUUGUAUUACAAAAUAACACUUGUAAAAGUAAUUGAGUUACUGCACCUUCAGAGUUUUCAUUUUAUUGCAUUAGUAUAGUUUUUUAAUCAUUAUUUUAUUUUUCAAACAGAUUUCUCAGCUUGAUGAGGUCAAAGUGAGAACCAGUGCCCUGAAUGCUGUUUUUGAUAUGCUUCUGCUGUUUGGAAUGGAAAUUCUUAAGUCAAAGCAAGAUAAUCUUGGCGAUUCUCAGUCCAAAUCUGAGGAAGAUGCAAAGGAGUUAUCCGUAGAAGAAAAUCAAGAGCCCUCCAAUGAAACUAAAACCAGCGAACAAGUAAAAGAAGAAAUAUCUACCGUCAACAGUAUCCUUCAACUAUUUUCGAGUUUCCUGGACAGUGAGGUAUAGUUUUUCUUUACUGUUCAAACCAAACCAAUAAAAGUUCAAACUGAAAGCAAACUUAUUUUUUUAAAUAAGGCUACACAAUAUUUAAAUAUCUUUUUAAAUUUACUAUAUAUAUUUGAAGUAUUAACUUUACACUUACCUAUGCAAAAAAAAAAGAUUUCCUCUGAUUGGGUCAUGAAGACUGGAUAAAAGGUUGGGAUAAAAUAGUAUAGUGUAUCCUGUAAUCUUGUAUAUGUAAAAUGUGACUGUAAACUCUUCUAAUAUGAUUUCUUUUUACCUAUUGAAUUAAUAAUAAUCAUUUAUUUAUUGUUUAUGAAAGCUUCCAGAAAUCCGAACUGAUACAGCAGAAGGCUUAGCUAAGCUUAUGUUCUCUGGAAGACUAAUCAGUGCCAAACUUCUUUGCCGGUUGGUUUUGCUUUGGUAUAAUCCUGUGACUGAAGAGGAUACAAAACUUCGGCAUUGUCUUGGUGUUUUCUUCCCUAUAUUUGCUUAUUCUGGCCGGUAUGUAUAUGAUAUUUUGCCUUGCUUGAUGGUUCUUGGUUGAAUGCCAAAAAUGUUCCGCAUUCCUUUUUUAGAAAACAUAUCUUUCGGGAGGCCUUACACUUAUUACUAAACUUCCAUAACAAAUCUCAAAGUACCGUUGAUAUACUUGAUACAAUACUUAAAGUAUAGCGAAUACCCACCUAUUUGCAAUAUACAACAAUAUCCUCGAAGGAUGCAUGUACCGCCAGUUCUGCUCCAACUGGCCAACAAGUGUAUACAGAAAUAGUCCAAAACUUGUGUACAUUUUAAAAAUCCCCUUUAUUAGGACUAAUUUUGUUUUUCUCCAUUUAUUGUGUCUGUUGGCACGUUGCUAUGUUUCUUUUGUAUAAUUUGAGUGCCUGUUUAGAAUCACUGUAUUAUUUGUUAGACACAGCCCAAGAAACAGAAACAGAAACAUUAUGUAAAAUUAAAAUUGUGUGUAACUGCAUGGUAAACAUUUGGCUAAUGUAAAUGCAUCACAGGGUAACAUUAAUGUGUUUUUUUUUCUUCACAGGGCAAAUCAAGAGUGCUUUGAAGAGGCUUUCAUUCCAACUCUUAAAACUCUGUUUAAUGCUCCGGCUACAUCCCCAUUAGCUGAUGUCGAUGUUGCCAAUGUUGCAGAAUUAUUAGUGGACCUGACCAGGUCCAGUGAAUUAAAUACAAAGAACAAGCUAUCUCAAGAAUUUCAAGUAAGGUGCCCCCCCUUUUAGUUAUCAAUAAUGUGUGCAUAUCUAUGAACUGCAUUGGAGCGUUGUACGCACUAACAUUUCAUGAUGGAGAUUUGUACAUGUUUUAAUGUGGUCAUACAUAAAUGUGUGUUAAUAGUCUGCUUUGUAAAAGAUAUGAUGCUUAAUGUAUACGUUGCUCUAGUGAAAUCACCAACAAACCUAUAUUUGAAACAAUAUAUUUUCCAGUCCGGAUAGAUGCCAGCCUGACCUUUGCAUCUGUUAAUGCGAGAAUGUGCACCUCAUUCAAUUCAUUGAAUGCUUGUGCCACCAGCUGACUGGUAAAACUAUAUAACAUUUCUAUACCAAUAAAAGUUUUAGCUUGACCUGUAACAUCCUAUUUUUAAUUAUCCCCUAUAGCAUUUUUUUUGAGGACUGAAAAAAUACAAUUCGUUUUAGAAAUCUAUCCAGCUUGGCUCUCUGUUACUAAAUCUUUCGUUUUCUGUCUUUGAACAUAGUUUGUUAAAGGGAAGAAACUGAAAUGUUUCUGAUCUCCUCAUUUUCAUUGUGUGACGGGGCUGUGCCCAGAAUGCGCUAGAUUGUGAUCUGAUCUUGAAAUCGUUAAUAUUUAUUUUAAAAGAAAACAAAGCUAUAAAUAUAUAUAUUUUUUUUUCAAUAAUUGGGGAAAAAUUCACACAGGAGAAAAAAAAUUGGUUAUUUUUCACUGUUUUAAUCAAUAAAGCGACAGUUCCGCUUUAAAGAGAAAAUGUUAUCCUGUAAAACUUAUGGAUGAUCUAAUUUUAACUGAAAUAAAAUAUUUACCUUAUAACCAAACUAUCCUAAUUACCAUAAUUUGGUGAAAUGGAUACAUGAAUAUUCAUCAUUCUAAAUAAAAACUUGUUUUAGCCUUGCUAGGCCUUAUCGGUAAUAUAGGCUUGUCUUUAACCCCUUUAAGGACACAUGACAUGUGUGACAUGUCAUGAUUCCAUUUUAUUCCAGAAGUUUGGUCCUUAAGGGGUUAAGGGCUUACAGAUGCACUUCCCCACCGUAGUGUUUUAGCCUGUGCCAGUUAGGCUAAAUAAGUAUGGGAGGAAAGAAAAACCAUAAAACCAUGCUGGGCCUGACAGCAAUGUGGAUUUGGAAGCACAUUGCAGAAACACUAAGCACCAGAUUGUAACUUUGCCCUUGAAAUCGAUAAUCACCUAUUCAUGUAGAGAUGGAAGUUUCUCUGUACAAACUUUCUGCAGCUUAGAGCGAUUUUCGUCUACUUUAUCAGGAUUUUGUUUUGCAUUAGAAAAAUCAUUCAGUAGCUUGUACGAUGGUCAGUGUUAAAACCAAAAUGGUUAAUUGCACCUUAACUUAUUACAGGCUCCUUCGGUACAUGACAGCUUGGCAUUGACAAUUUGUAAUGAAAUCUUAAUGGAUCCCACUUCUCCAGAUGUCCGUAUUUAUGCAAAGUGUUUAACUUCUCUGGAAUUAACUCCAGAUUAUAAUGAAGAACUGCUACUUCCACUCUUCAAUAGCAUUCUAGAGGUAAUUUGUUUUUGUAUGGCUAAUUUCAUUUUAAUCCAUCAUUUAAAAUAUACUCAUUAACCUAAACCUUGCUUACUAAAUGCACCUAUGAAAUAUGCAUGCUUCACCGGUUUCUUUCUUUGUAUUUCUGCAUAUUUAUUGUAGGAUGUUACAGACAAAGUUUGUGAACGAGCAAUUGAAAAGGCUAAAAUGCAAUUUAAAAAUUCCAAGAAUUUAAGGGAGGAAACACAACUAGAACAGGAAACAGAGUGUGUCGAUGAGCCAGAAAACAAAGAGGAAGGUAAUUAACAUGCAUAGUGUUGUUUUGUUUGUUGCAUUCAUUUUUAUCUCAUCUGAUUAAUACAUUUCACUCCCUGUCCCCUUCUUCUAGAAAAGCAAAAAGACGAAAAUGAUGUUUUUGAGGAACAAAAUGUUGACACCCCAAAACCAAAGUCUAAGAAAGGAAAAGGUUAGAAAAUUUUCUAUAGUUUAAAAAAUAAAUAAAUAAUAAAUCCUCCCCCCCUCCCCUUAUUUAAAACCAAAAAAUGCAAUAUGUUUACGUAAACCAUAAGAACUACAUGACCUCCUAAAAUAAUGCUGUAGGACAAGCAUAUCAAAUGCAAAACAAGGUUUAAGUUUAUGUGGGCUGCAUAAAAACAAAAACUUAAAUUUUUGUAGAAACGUAGGUUAAUUUUGAAAAGUACAGAAAAAAUGACGUCAUAUUCCGGCACCCAGCAUCACCAUAGGGGGCGCGCGCGAGCAGUGAGUAGGAAGAAUAGAGUGCACUUUCUGACGCCAGCUUCCUCAUUCCUCACCUCCCUGCCGGGUAAAUUUUAGCAGAGUAGGCAUCUGCAAUGUGGUGAGAACAGGUGCCUUAACAGUAAGCAUGUCAAACUUGUGGCUUGCUGGGCCACAAAGAUAUUCAUUGGGGGCCCCCUGAGUUUGACAUGCUUGCUGUAGGACAUAGCUGAGUAGGCAAGUUCAUAGUCCUAUUAUAUUAUGGUCUUUUGGUUCCGGUACAUUGUUUUAUUCACAGUUUUAGACCAAAGUAGACAUCUCAAAUGUUUAUCCCCUUGUUUAUACCCUUUAACCACAUUAGGACUUUCCAUGCUGUUCACCGCAGGGUGGGCUUUAAUCACCUUAGUACAACAUGCAACAUUUUGGUGUAAAUUCCUGCCCACAACAGGGAGACGCAAGUAUCAAUUGAUACCCUCUGUUAACUGGGGCCACGUUUUCUAAUAUUGCUACAAAAUGGGGAAAAUCCUUCUUGAUUCCACAGCAAUUAGUUCAUCCAAACAUUUUUUUUUAUUUCUCCCCAAAAGUUUUGUAUUCUCAUUAGUAUGAUUUUAGUGUUCUCUCUUACUUGCAUACUGGUAAUAAUGAAAAGAUAUGAAUUUUUUUUUUUUUUUGUGCUUGUGUGUGCAUUCAUGUUUGUCUUCAGUCAAAUGAUAUACUUUAUUUUAACAGCAGGAAAACAGAAAGAUGAACCUGUUGUUGCUGAAGAGCAAAAUACUGAAGCGGCACAACAGAGGAUGACAAGAGGGAAAUCUCAGACAAGUAUGCAAUCUCUUCAAUAUAAGAACAGUAGUAUAUGGGUUAAUAACCAGGAAAAGUUAAUUUAGCUUUUCUUUGGUGUCCAAGUAUGCUAAGAGGUCUACAUGUUAUUAACAUCUAAACACAACAAUACUGCGCUGACUUUGCCUGGAUUUGAACCUGUGGCUCUCUGUCAUUGCAGUUUAUUUGAAGUCCGUUCAUUGGAUAACGUCCUGAUCAAACAGGAUAAUUCCUAUGGUUUUCUUUUCCCCUAAAACAUUUUUCUUCUUCUUUAAACCAGCUUUGCAAGCCAUAGGAAGAUGCAACCCAUGCAAUUGGUGUACAGCCAAACUAUAUUACCCAUACAGCAACUGUUCUGUCUAAUUUUAUUAAACAUAUAAAUGAAAGAGGGCAGUUCAUUCUUUUAUCUAAUCAAUGUAUCUAGCUGUGUGUGUAUGUGGAGAAAAGUAUUGGGGCAAUUAUUGAAUUUAGAUGCUUCAGUCAGACCCAUUGUCACAAGUUUAUAAAAUCAAGCACCCACCCAUGCAGUCUGCAUUUACAUUUGUGAAAAAAUGGGUGGCUCUGAAGAGAUUUGUGAAUUCAAGCAUGGUACUGUGAUAGGAUGCCACCUUUGCAAUAAGUCAGUUCACAUAAUUUCCUCCCUGCUAGACAUUCCACAGUCAACUAUAAUUAUAUAUGGUAUAAUUGGAAAGUGGACGCGUUUAGGAACAGCAGUAAAUAAGUCCAUGUAAAGUCACAGAGCAGGGUCACAGAGUGCCAAGUCGCAUGGUGUGUAAAAAUAGCCAACGCUCUGCUAAUUCUAUAGCUGAAGAGUUAAAAUCUUCCACUGGCACUAAUAUCGGCACAAAAAUUGAACGGCAGGAGCUUCUUGAAAGGAGUUUCAAUGGCUGAACAAGCAUCGUAUGACCAAGUACAAUGGCAAGCAUCGGAUCGAGUGGUGUAAAAUACGCUGCCACUGGACUCUAGAGCAGUGGAAACAAUUGCCGAAUCGCGUUUCUCUGUUUGGCCGAGUCUGGUUUGGUGGAAGCCAGGAGAACGUUACCUGUCUGACUAUAUUGUGCCAACUUUAAAGUUUGGUGCAGAAGGGAUAAUGCUAUGGGGCUGUUUUUCCAGAGUUGGGCUUGGUCCCUUACUUCUAGUGAAAGGAAAUAUUAAUGCGUGUCCAUACCAAGACAUUUUGGACAAUGCUAUGCAUCCAACUUUGUGGGAACUGUUUGAGGAAGGCCUUUUUCUAUUCCAGGAUUCCCAGAAAAGUGGUAGCUGUUAUAGCUGCAAAGGAUGAACCAACUACAUAUUAAUGUCUAUGUAUAUAGAGUGAGCUGUUAUAAAAGUCCCUGUUGGUGUGAUGGUCAUGUCUUCCAAUUUUUUGUCCAUAUAGUGUAUGUAUGAAAAUCAUUGAAAAUCAGGUUUAUUGUCAAAAUUUAUAGACUUUCAGCUGUUUGCAAUAAAAAUAUAAAACAAAAGCAUUUGAAACAGGGCAACACAACAAAAUACUUCAAGUGGUUUCCCCAAAUUCAACUUAAAUGCAACUGUGUAUGUAUAGAUAUAUAUGUAGAUUGAUGUAUCGAUAGAUACUGCACUGGCGAGUUCUGUGACAUCUGAUUUUUGUCUCUCAGAAAUAGAAAUUUACUUUAUGAAGAAAAGAAAAUUGUGCGUGUAUCUGGAACCCUGGUGUUUAGAACCUGUAAAUCUGCAGACCCAUACAAAUACAGUGAAACCUAGUAAUUGCCCUGUUACGACUGCUUAUUUUCAAUCAUUAAGAGAAGUCAUGAAGAGCCUUAUUUAUUUCAUUGUCCAUAAACAUCAGUGUUGUACUCCUGCUGAUGCAAAAAGUCCCCUCAAAUAGACUCUCUUGGUUUUCUGCCCAUAACAGAAAUUAUAUAUAUUUGUAUAAAUAUUUUAUUGCGUUAUGUUUGAACCUCUGACCUAAUCUAUACAGUCAUCUUAAAAUGUGUUUUCCAUUCUUUCAGACCGCAGGAAGGAAUCUACUACUACAACCAGGAGAAAAGCCAGUAAAAAUUCAGGGCUGGACUCUGGCAGGUAUGUGCACACUAUACUUGGGGUAUUAUAUAUCUGUUGGCUCUCCAAGUGUCUAUUUUGUACUCCACAGAAGAGCAGAGCUAAACAUAUCCAAGGUAGACAAUAGCAGAGUGAACUCUUAGUAGACUGGGCAACUAACACAAGUAACUAAGCAAGACAUAUACCAAGUCAGUUUACUUAAUGUAUAAACCUUUUUUUUUUUUUUAUAGUAAAAAAUCAGAAGAGCCAGCACCUGUCAAUACAAGACCAUCGAGGAGAGCCAAGACUGCAGCUAUGGAGAAAACAAAAAUGAAUCUCUCAAAGCUUCUUAAUGAAGAAAAUUAGUGCACAUGCUUUUUCUUAAUUGGUUAGCAUAUGAUUUUUUUUUUUUCCUUCUAACUAAUCUGUGUUAUAAAAUGCAAGUCUGUGUUGUUUUUUUUUCUUCUUCUUUUGAACACGCAAAUGAUUGCUCAUGUCUACAAUAGUAUGUCUAUUGCUGCAGUUGUUAUGGUGCCCGGAGCACUGAUGGCUCUCAGCCACUGAGCACCUGUAUUUAAUACAAUUUUGAUAAUACAAUAAAAAUAGGGAAUUUGGAAGCAAUAACUUAUUUUAUGGAAUAUAGACAUUUAACCUCCCCUAAUGAAUGCAUGCCUGGAUUAAUAUGUCCAGGGUCCAUACCUCUGUCAGGUGUGAGAUCGACAGUCUUGAAAGGAGUCUGCUGCUCACUGAGCAGAGUUUAGUGGGGACAGGUAGUGGAGUGGGAGGAGAUAAGACAGAUGGGGAACAGGCAUGUAGCUGAGUAACAGUUGGGUGAUGUAGCAGGGGAGGAGGGAAGGUAAAAAGGCUAACUAGUCCUGACCUUGGGCAAUCAGACAGAUUUUCCAAUUUGAGUGAAGAUGUUGGGAGCACAAGCUCAGGAAUUGCCCUACUGGAGGAAGCUGUUCCUUCUAACAGUCUAGGGAACAGUCCUUCUUGUACGGAUGGAGUUGAGAAUGUAAGAAAGGCUGUAUCCUGGGAGCUCGGGUCUGACAUGUUGCAGACAGAGUGGAUGAUUGGGAGGGGCUGGUGAUUACCCUGCAGUUGUGUUUGUACCAAUGACAAAGGAAAAUGGAAGGUCCUAAAGAAUGAGUUCAGGGAAUUGGAAAGUAAACUGAAUAAAAUGACCUCCAAGGUAGUACUUUUAGAAAUAUUACCUGUGCCACGCACUACAGUAGAAAGGCAGAUAAGGUAGGUUAAUGCGUGGCUGUAGGAAGUAGAGCUUUUUUUAGAGUAUUUUGCGCUUAGGUACAAUCUUUAUAGUUGUGAUGAAUUGCACCUAAACAGAAGAGGGUCUACUGUGCUGAGGGACUGAGUGGCUAGAAGGCUGGAGGAGAUUUUAAACUAGUGGUAGUAGGAGAGGGAUAUAGAAAUCUACAAAUUGGAUAUAGGAUCGAAAGGAGAUGAGCUUUAGCUCCGCACAAGGGGGGUUGAGCACUCUCCCCUGCUCAGCACCGUAGUGAUGCCGGAGCCGGAAUAUGAAAUCAUCCCGGCAUCACAAGGAGGCGCGCAAGGGAGCUGUGCAGGAUGAUCACUGCUCCCUCGCCGCCAGCCGCUCAGCCCAGCAGCUCCACUGGACCCCAAGGUAAUAAACUCCAUGCCAGCACUCCCAAAGGUAGAGAGGCUGGGUGGAGUGAAAGUUAAAAAAAUAAAUUGUGUGUGUGUCUGUUAGGAAAUGUGUGUUUGUCAGUGAGCGUGUACGUUUGUCUGUCAAAGAGUGUGUGUAUCUGUGUGUCAAGGUUUGUGUAUGUGUCACUGUGUGAAUCUGAGUGUGUGUUCAUGUGCCAGUGUGUAUCUCUGUGUCAAGGUCUGUGCAUGUGUCAAGAUGUGUAUCUUUGUGUCUGUGUGUUAAUUUGUUUGUGUACGUACGUACGUGGCAUACUUACAGCAAUCAUAUGUGCAUACAUCACAGCAAUUAAACACCAACACAACAUGCAAACACACUCCUGCAAUCACAAGCAUUAUACAAAAACCCUCAAUAUUCAAACACACCCUUCACCCAAACACUCAUACUUCACACAAAUGUGCAUCCACAUUUAAAGCGAACACUACAUCCAAGUACACCCCUGCAUGCAAAUUCAAACAUUACAUACAAACACACCCCUGCACGCAAAUGCAAACAUUACUUACAAACACACCCCUGCUAACAUUAUAUACACAAAACCAAAUGUACACACAAAAGCACACCUGCUCCUAAGUAUUACUAUCUGCGCUACAGUGCCAAAACAUUUUUGGGGUUCCACGUUGUUAGCGCAUUAUGUCAAAGGGUUCCACACGAAAAAUUAAUUGGGAACCCCUGCUCUAGGUCAUGCAAAGUCCUUGGUCAUCUUGCAUGAUCUGCACGUUUGACAUCUCCCCAGGUUGGUUCAUUGAUAUUAAGGUCAGGAGACUGAUGGCCAUUCCAAACCUUCACCUUUUUCUGCUGUAACCAGUGGAGCAUCAACUUGGCCUUGUGCUUUUGGUCAUUGUCAUUCUGGAAAGUCCAAGCGUGUCCCAUGCACAGCCUUUGUGCAGAAGAAUGCAAAUUGUCUGCCAGUAAUUUCUAAUGACAUGCUGCAUUCAUCUUGCCAUCAGUUUUCACAAGAUUCACCGAAACAUCAGCCGCCACCACCAUGCCUCACAGUGGGGAUGGUAUUCUUUUCACAAUAGGCCAUGUUGACCCCUCUCCAAACACAGCACUUAUGUUUGUGACUAUAAAGCUCUAUUUUGGUCUAGUCACUCCAAAUUACAGUGUCCCAGAAGCUGAGGCGUGGCAAGGUGUUGUCUGUGAUAUUGUAACUGGGUGUUUUUUUUCUGGCAUUGUCGCAGUAAAGGUUUCUUUCUGGCAACUCGACCAUGCAGCUCAUUUUUGUUCAAGUAUUGUCGUAUUGUGAUCCUUGAAACAACCACACCGGUUAUCUGGGUUUUUUUUCUUUGUAUCACAAGCAAUUCUUCUGGCAGUUGUGGCUGACAACUUUGUUGCCCUAUGUGGUCUGUGAACUAUUUGCAAAUUAGAUUAUAAUUUCAUAAAACUGUUACUGAGGUAAUGAUAUAGGUUAAUAUGCUUCUAUAGGAAUAGAGAUAUAAAUGUAAAUACAAAAUAAUUAUAUAUUUCUACUUUAAGUCUCAUUCUACAACAUAAAAUGUAUGGAUUUUAACCCUAAGUAGUCUAUAAAUAUAAAAUAUACUUGAGAUAGCAGUGAAUUUGCUACAAAAAUUGGCAUAUAAAUAGGCUAAGACAUAAGAUUGUCCGUAUGUAAAAAGAACCUUGAAAUGUAAGAGAUACAUAAAAUUGUAAAUAUAUUUAAAAAAAUACAUGAACUGAGGAUAUAAAUUAUGUAAAAUGAGAUAGAAAAAAGGGGGUAAUUUAAAAAUUUUACAUUUUUAUGAAAACUGUCAUUAGGAAUGAAACUGUUACAAGCCACAGAGUUCCUGAAUGUUUUUGUUUCUAUUUUGUUAUUUUUUUAAAUAGAUUUCUAAGUCUAGAAACUCUGUUUUUCUUUUGACUGGUUAAAAGUGAAUUUAAGAUUAUAAGGAUUAAAAUGAAAAGAUAUUCUUUAAUACUUUGUAAUGAUGAGAGGUCCCUUUCCCAUAUAAAAAUAUAAUCUAUCUCUGCCAUAGGACUAGAUUUGCGCCACGUGGGGAGUUCGUCCAGAUGAAUUAAUCUUCCUACUUUUGCCAUAAAGAGAUUAGCGUAAUUUGGCGCAAAUCUAGUUCCCAUGGCAUUCCCCUCAAUGUGUUGAUAAAAGUGAUUGUUUGCCCAAAAGAAGUUGUGACUUAGGAUGAAUGCCACACAUUUCACUAGAUAAUCAAUUUGGUAAUUUUUAAGGUUGGAAUGUGUGGCUAGUGCAUACUGAAUUGCCUUACACCCUUGAAGAUGUUCAAUGACCGUGUAAAGUUAUGUAACAUCUGCUGUUACUAAAAUAUAUUCUUGUUUCCAUUCUAUUGUAGACAGAAUUUGAAUGUGUGUAGUGUCUCUAAAAUAGGAUUUUAGUUUCACUACCAUUUCUUGUAAAAAUGUAUCUACAUAUUCUGACAGAUUUUAUUGAAGGGACCUAAUUUCUGAAAUGAUUGGUCGUCCUGGGGGGUUAACUAGUCUUAUGUAUUUUAGGUACAUGAUAAAAUACGGCCAAUCUAGGGAACUUACAAUGUAUGUAGUCAUAUUCCUUUUUGUUUAAAAUUCCUGUUUUUACCUUCAUCCAAAAGGGUUAAUUUGUUUGAAUUCUUCACAUGCAUUAUGUUUUAGGAUUUUAUGUUUUCUCAUCAUUGUGUAGUCUUUGAUAAUCCUUUUAUAUAAUCAGAGUUAAAAUUACAAGACCACCCCUUUAUCUGCAGCUCUUAUUACAAUCUGACCAUCUUCCAUUAAAUUUUUUUAAGGUGUUCCUAUCUUUUUAAGUUAAAUUGUCUGUUCUGAGUGGAACCGCUGUAUGGUCUUGCCCACCGUGCUGCAGCUCUGUUUCAGGGUCUUGGCAAUCUUCUUAUAGCCUAUUCCAUCUUCAUGUAGAGCAACAAUUCUUUUUUUUCAGAUCCUCAGAGAGUUCUUUGCCAUGAGGUGCCAUGUUGAACUUCCAGUGACCAGUAUGAGAGUGUGAGAGCGAUAACACCAAAUUUAACACACCUGCUCCCCACUAACACCAGUGUCAUUUCUUCAGUGUUAAAAGAAAAAACGAUUAUAAAUAGGAUGGCGCAAAUGAGAGAAGGAUCUUAGUACAUGCAGCAACCAACAAAAACAAAUCCUGGUAAAACUAUUUGAACAUAAAAUAACUUACAGUAGUGAUGGUGCG